UGCCGUUAUUGGCGUUCACUUCACGUCAGUUGACAAUACACUGCACUCAGAGACUCGUCUCCAUUAUCACUGCAACGGAUCCACUUGUCUAUCAAUUUUGUGACUUUUCUCUCACCGCCAAUCAAAUCACACCAGAAGAAUGUCUUCCGCGGGCUCGUCAUCCAUGCGACGUCUGGACGACGACGACAUGCAACUGUUCCGUCACUUAAGGGACACACUGCAGGGCCUCGACUACUUGGGCGCG